AUGGUAUCCCGGCCCCCGGCUGCCGAGCUGGCUACCGCCAGGUGCAGGGCUUCGGGAGGAGCGUCCAAAGCGGCGACUCCAGCCAAAGCUGCGACGACGUCUAAAGCGGCGGGCUUCAACGCAGCUCCGCCGAUGUGGAGUCCUUUCAUGGGCUGCGGCGGCGCCCCACAUGCCCCACAACCCUGGGCGUGGCAGGGCUGCGGCGGCGCCCCACAUGCCCCACAACCCUGGGCGUGGCAGGGCUGGCAGCAGCCUCCCGCGCCUGCGCCUCCCCCUGCGCCGCCUCAGCGCUUCUCGAAGCUGGCAGACGCGCUGGAUCGGAAAAAUGAUCUGGACGACCUCGCACCAUUAGACGAGGUAGCAAAGCUCGAGCUCAAAGGACAUUUGCUGGACCUUCUCAAGCAGGACUGGGUGAUUCCGAAGCCCGUCUUCACGGCCAUCUACGAGCCGGGGGAUGAGUGCGAGAAGCCGGUAGAGGAGGCCGACGUGUCCGAAAGUGAGCGCAAGAAGCGUCGGCUUGAGGAAGUCAGCACGCCGAAUGCCACGGCGGCUGCCGCGCAGGCCAGCGCGAGCUCGAGUUCCAAAGACGCUCCUGAGGAGGAGCCGAAGCCUGCGGCCGCCGAUCCACCGGCUGCGUCAGGAGGUGAUGCGCCGGUGGAUGAUGAAGAGUCCUCGGAAAGCGAAGCCGAGGAAGCCGUCUACGUGAAGGAGGAGCAGGUGCAGAUGCCGGCAGGGCCAGUCGGGCGACGCGGCGCGCGAUCGGUGAUCUUGACCCCUGCACGGCGCGACGGAGCGAUCGCAGCAGCUGAGCUGCGCCGGCUACGUGCCGUGGAAAGUGCGAAGGAGGGAGAUCAGAAGGAGGUCCUUCUCAAGUCCCUGCUCUACAGCCAGGACUCCAUCAUGGGCCUCUUCGGUGACCGAAAACGGCAACUGAAGGAGACGCGCAAAGGUCUCUCUGAAGGUUCUAUCAAGCUCACCGAUAUCCCCGCGAUCUCGGUGAUCAGACAAGGUGAAGGUGUCGUGUCGGCGGACAACAGAAGGCUGUGGGUGUUUAAGCACUGCGGCAUGCCGCCGAACACACGCAUCCCGGUCAUCGUCAAGAAGACGAUGGACGCAAACUUCAGAAGAAAGUCCACCUCGAAGACGUGUGGCCUGACCGUAGCCCAGCGCGGUGCGGCCUUUGUGAAGGAGGAUGCCUUGUCAAAACGCGGAGGAACUAGUCACAGGAGCGGCUCUUGCCGCAGGAAGGGCGGCAAAGUGCCUUUGGCGCAGGAAGCGCCCAUCUUGGCCGACCGCCUCGGUGUGGAAGAGGUGACUGUGUCGUCUCCCAGCUCCACCGAGGCUGCAGCCGAGCGGCGACAGCUCAAGAGCCCAGAAGAUGUGCAAGGAGCACAAGGCUUAGAGCCCCGGGCAAACCAAGAGCGGCGCCUGGUGAGCUCCGCCUUGCGGCCCCCCAGAGCUCUGCACCAGGUGGCCCAGGCAGGCUCAAAGCAAGUCCGAUCGCCGAUGAGUGCAGGGCCUUUGCGGCCACCACCGCUUUGUCUCGACGCGCUGAUCUCGCCCACGGCGCCGUCGAAGCAGGUCUCAGAGCAAGGCGAUGCAGCAGAAGGCGAAAGUCCUGGCCAAGCUCCCAUCGGAGGAGCGGCUGGGCCUCGCGCUGUUUUUCGUGCCCCUUCGGCACCUUCGACUUCGCCCCGGGUCCCUCGCGGCAUGAAGGAGCUGCGCAGCAAAGUUUGUUAUUCUCUCCUCAACGACUUCAGAGGGCAGGGCAGGGUGGUCCAUGGACAUUCCCUGACACGCGCGCUUCUUCACUGCCAA